AUGCCAAACCCAGAUUUAUCUUAUUCAGGCCCGCUCCGCCCGGCCCGUUCGGUCCGGCUUGGUCUUCUCGCCUGUCUCUGGAUGGCGCUGAACUCCACACCACUUCCAGCCCAAAACCAAGAGGAUGUAGGAACCCUGACGCACGGAAAGGAUACACCGCCAAUGGCCUCUGAGGAAAUUAUGGAAUUCAUUCCCGAUUAUGGCAAUGGCGUCAUCUACUUGGAUGACGAUCUCAAGCAAAUGGGUAUUGCGAUUUUAAUUUUUAAUUAA